AUGGACAUAGAAGAAACCGAAUCGUCGAGCCCAUUCUCACUGCUCGAGCCGUCGCCUGAGGCCGAGUACGAAGCGCGCAUUGCCAACAUGGAAAACAGCGUUGCCAGGCACACGACAGAGUUCUUCAGCUGGCGACUGCUGGCCGAGCUGUCGGGGCAGCUGCCAGCGAUAAUAGAAAAGUUUGGCGCGAUCACAGCAACGAGUAUGCGCGACUGCGUUGCACUAGGUACCGAGCGGGGCGUGGUCGUCGUAGUCGACUACUUGGGUCGGAUAAAGACAGUGCUGGGAUCGCAGACCACAGACUACGGCGCAGCAUCGGCAGUUGCGUUUUCAUCUGACUACGAUGCGCUAGUUGCUGGGUAUUCGCAUGGGUAUGUUGUUUUGUGGGACCUGGCCAAGAGCACGACUACGUCGGCCGCGGUCGGGCACCUGUUUGGCUCGGCAAUAACGUACGUGCACUUCAUUGGCAUCAGCAAGCACAGAUAUGUCAGCUGCAGCGCAGCCGGGUAUGUCUUUUACCACCAUGUUGUGCGGCGCUUGCUCACGACCCUGAACACAACGCAGCUGUCAAGCCCUGACACGGACCCUGGGAUCAUAUUUGAGGUUGCUGCAUUGCCCUAUGGCAGCCAUACGUGCUUCACCGACGAUAUGGGGCUCGUGGCGAUUCUGACCAGCGCCAGCUUGACAGUAUGCAAGACACGGCACGGGGUCAAGCAGAUGUAUCGGCACCGGUAUGCGCACGCCCCAGCGCAGGGCGGCAUGAAGCGCUCGUUCGCCAAGCGGCCAUUUGCAGGCAGUGCCUGCUGGCUGCCGGCACUGAAACUCAAGCAUAGCGCAGCAACUGAGACCUCGUUCUCACACCCCAUGCUUGCCUUCUCGUGGGGAUCGAAUAUCACUGUUCUGGAAUUGCGGAGCAACGAGAACGAGCGAUGGACCCCUGAUCUCGAUGCCGGACCAGCGAUCAAGCUCCGGAAGAUCGUCGAGUGGACAGCAGUUGAGGACGUGGUGCUGUGUCGCUUUAUCGACGCGGAUUCGCUGCUGUUCAUGACGCGCAGCCAGCGUGUUUUUGUCGUUGAGGUGCCGUCGGGCCAAGAGACAGAGGUAUGCGCAACACAGCCCGGAGCCAUUGUUGGCCAGCCGUGGGUUACACUGUCGACGGGGACGGAGGCCGAGCCGUCGUAUGCGCAGAUGGUGACGAUGUUUAAACACCGCGUCUUUGCACUGUGCAAUGCGUCGUCAGUUUACUCGGGCCGACUGCUGUCGUGGACUGAGCGGCUGGCGGACUUGGCUGAGCGCAGGCAAUAUAUUACAGCAAUCACUCUGGCGGUCGGUCUAUAUACCGGUCAGACUGGGCAGAUUGUUGUUGGGCUGCCUCGAACUGGAGCAAAUACAGAGUCGACGCAGCACACAGUAGUGGCUAACAAGCUGAUCGAGAUGAUCCGUUCGGCGCUGAAGGACAUGUUUGACAAUGGCGGCAGUGACAGCAGCGUGCCUAGCCCUGCAAUGCAGCGGGCACUGGGCGUUGCUUGUAUUGAAGCGUGCUUGGUGACGAAAAACUCACGGCUUCUGUUUGGCGAAGUGUUCGAUGCGUACUUGCUGUCGCCAGCAUCAACCCAGAUCUACUUGGAAACGCUGGAGCCGUUCAUCCUGAGCGGGCGCGUCACGUAUCUGCCACCUCAGAUCCUUAACGCAAUGAUCGACAACUACAAGGCGUCGUCGCGGCUCGUUCAGCGCCUGGGAGAACUGCUGAUGCAGCUGGAGCUGGCGCCUGGCGAAUUCGAUGUUGAUCGUGUCCUGCAGAGUUGUCGCAAGUACCAGCUCUGGCGCACAUUUGCGCGCGUCUGGCUCAGCCUAGGAGACCCUGUUGCACCAAUCAUCAGUAUGGUCAGUGAUACAGGAACCAGUGGAUCGGUGAGCGAGUCCAGCAGUGCGAUUCGCGAGAUCCUUGCGGAUGACACGCCCAGCAUCGAGCAUGAGGAUGAAACACCAGCGACAGUCAUGUUUGAGUACCUGGAUAUGGUCAUCCGCGGGCGAUACUACCCAGAUGGGCAACGGAUCAAACCGCAGGAGCUGGCAGAAACGUACAGCAGGAGCGUGGUUGAGCUUGUGUUUCCUCCAGUUGACUCUGUCCCCACUGCUUCAAGCAUCAGCAAGACAUACAGCGUGCUGCUCGCGUUGCUGCAGCUUGGCACCGAGCACUUGCUCAUCAUGCUCAAGCAUGUGUUGGAAGACCCGUUCAUUGGGUAUAUAAGCAUCAUCGUAAAGCCAGGCAAUGCGAGCGGCAACAAGUCUAGUGACCGGUCAUUGCGUCGUCCGAGCCAGGUCAAGUCCGUUCCGCAGAUCAUUGUCGACACGAUGUUUGUCCUCACAUCUACCGCUAAUUCAGCGACAGGCGAUGGCAGCGACGACUGCAUACUCACAGCACGACAGAUCGGGCUCUUGUCGAGCUUUGCCUUGACCCUGUAUGUGACGCGGUACCCGCUCAUUUUUUUGCCAGACAAGACCGUCUCCGAAUGGGCACACAUUCUGCUGCAUCUUGAUGACCCGUCGACCAGGGCUGAGCGCGAAUAUGCCUUUGAGCUACUGUUCAAGCUCAACCCCCCGCGAUCAUUCUCCGACUACAUUGAUCCAACUCGCAGUGCCGGAUUCUACCGGGUGCUCGAGUAUAUAUACCAUACGUUGGAACAGUACGACAAGGCACUCGGCACUUAUCUGGACCACAGCGACUACGCGUACCGGCGCGCCGUGUUCUCCGCCAUGCGCGAGCUUGCUGACGGCGGCAAACCCAAGGCUGCGGCAUGUGCAGCCUUGGUUGCUGUCGAUGCCGAGACGUUUGUUGAUGCUGUCGAAAACGCCCCUUCGUUGGACCAUGGCACAGUCAUCCACCAGCUGGAGGACAACCAGGCAGCGCUGUUCGCCUAUAUGCGUGCGCUGCUUGACCCGACAUCAACAUCAGGCAUGCUGCGCCAAGUCAUCGACCAAGGCGUGGCAGCAUCUGACGAGCGCGCCCCGCCCAACAUUGGACUGGCUGAGGAGCAGAACAUGGUUGUCUACCCGUUCCAGUCGCUGGUACCAAACAGCAGCCAGCCCGUCGCCAAGUUCCCACAAGAAUACCACGAAAAAUACCUGGAGCUUUUGUGCCAGUUCAAUCCAGGACAGGUGCUGCAGUACUUGAAGCAGCAUGCAGACGACAGCACAGAGCCGUUCCGACUGAGUUUUGUUCAGAAGGUCUGCGAGCGCUAUGGAGCAAUUGAUGGACUGGUGUGGACGCUGCAACGCCUGGGCGAUUUCUCUGGGGCUCUGGAUGCGCUGCUGCUAGAAACAGACAAGGAAAUGGAAGCAGUAAAGUCUGUUAUUAGCACGGCUAUUGACGCAGCAGCUACUAUGUCCGGCGGCUCCUCUGACUCCCUAGCUGAUGCCGACCGCGAGCGGCUGCAGGACCAUCUUCAUAUCGCGGCACAGCGUGUAAGCAGCAGCAUCCAGGUGUGCAAGGCGGUAGUCUCCAAGCUCGGCAAGGAUGUUGCGGCGCAGUCAGAGCGUGAGCAUCAAAAACAGAUCGAUAGUGGCCAUAUCGAUACGAAUGCGGCCAAGGUGCAGGCUGGGUACCAGGGCCAGGUGCGGUCCGAGCUGUGCGAUCUCUGGCUGGUGCUACUGCGGCAGGUGCUCGGGUACCUGCACAGCACCAACCGGCUGCUGGACACCAUGCCUGUGACAAUGGCGCCGACGCUGGCACAGACGGCGUGGCAGCUUGUGCUGAAGCAUCAGCGGUGGAUGCUGCAGAACAUCCUGGAUGCGCUGAUCUUUGUUGCAUCGCCGGCAUCGUCCCUCAUCUCGCUGCGGUACAUUGUGCAAGAGCUGAUGGCGCCAGCCAAGGAAGACGCGGCGGUACUGCCCAAGCACGAGCCGAUUUCGCCCACGCGCACACUGGAUGUGGCUGAGAUCAAGCAUCUGCUGGCGGUAGCUGUCGGUGCAUACAAGUCCGAGGCCCAGCUGAUGGCACUGACCAACAUUCUGGUCGACUAUGACCUGUUUACACAGCUGGCUCGGCUGAUCAAGGCCCAGAAGCAGGGCUGGCUGGUAUCGCCUGAUGACAAGAAACAGGCGGCAUCCGGUACCCUUGCCUGCGAAAAGUGCCAUAGGGAGCUGUUUGUCGACCGCCGGCAGCCGCGCGCUAUGGCGGCACUGCAGGCGCAGAUCGCGCAGUACUUUGACAAGAGCCCGUUGCACAUUGUCGACUUGCAGGUCUUUGAGGACCCGAGCUCUCAAUGGCAGUGGAUAAAGCUGCGCAACGCUGCCACGGCCUACGACGAGAUCGUUGUCCAUACAAGCCAGCAGCAGAAGCGGCGGACAGCGAGCUUUGCGGCGGCAGCAUUGCCCGGCGAGGACGACGCCAAGGCAUUCGGCGACAAGGCCAAGGUGCCAAGCAGCAGUGCCCCCCGGUGUCCGCAGUGCCGCCAAGACGACCACCACAUGUAA